AUGACCCCCCCAACGACCCGACAAUGGCUCGCAUCCCUCCUCGAACCCGGUCAAAUCCUGUCCAUGGCCAUGAAGAGCUACCUGAUUGUAUGCCUCGAAGCCAUCCUCGAAGGCCACAUCCUAGCCCCUCUCCUCGAGACCCAGCGCCUGCGCGACGAAGCCUUCGGCCGGUUCUGGGUAGCAUUUAGCGCACCACCCCAACCCACCCAACCCACCACAAAACCAGAGCCAACCCAGCAGCAACAAUCGCAGCAAUCAAACCAGGAACACCACGAAGACACGCCAGCAGAGAUCCAAGGCUCCGCCGACCUCAUCCCGCCCCUCCUUGCCACCGCGCGCGGCAUCACCCUCGACCUCGGCCCCGGCACCGGCACGCAGAUGCCCCACCUCCGCUCGCCGGCCAUCACCGCCCUCUUCGGCGUCGAACCCUGCCAUCAUCUGCACGCGACCCUGCGCGCCCGCGCGGAAGCGGAAGGCGUCGGGGAGAAGUACACGAUUCUCGGGUGUAGUGCUGCGCCGGAGCAGUUGGUUCCCGUGUUGCGGGAGCGGGGUUUAGUGGACGGAAGUGGGGCGGGGGGCGUCGAUACCAUCCUCUGCGUGCGGGUGCUGUGCUCGGUGCCGGAUUUGGAGGGGACGGUGCGCGGGCUGUAUUCGUUGCUCAAGCCGGGUGGGCGGGUGAUUGUGGUCGAGCAUGUGGUUAAUUCGGGGUUUGGGGGGACGGGGUCGGUGGUGGCUCGGUUCGUGCAGGGGGUGUAUGAGUUGUUGGGGUGGCGGUGGUUUGUUGGGGAUUGUUGUUUGACGAGGGACACGGAGGGGGCGCUGAGGCGUGCGGCUGCGGAGGACGGCGGGUGGGGCAGGGUCGAGCUGCGGAGGUAUUUUGGGGAGGGGGUUAUGCCGUAUGUUGCUGGGGUGUUGGUGAAGAAGGGGGGGGGACUGGGGGAAAAUGAAAGGACGGUGGAUGAGGGGCUGCGGCGGAGGUAA